AAGAAAGAGCAAAAAAGAAUACAAAAGGAAUGUUCAGGAGAGAAUCCUGAUUCUAACCGGUAAUCCUAGAAGCUCAAGUUCUCAGGCCAUUACCAAUUCAAUUUCGCCACGGCAUCAUAUUCGUCCGCAUAUUCCAAAGCGCUACACCUAUAUAUAUUUCUAACUCGCUCUCUCUCUCACACUACCUUCCCUCGAUCAGCUUUCUUAUCUGCCUCUCUCUCUAGACAAUACUUUCUCUCUCUACAACCAUCAUGGCAACAUCUGGCAAGAAGAACAAGAUCGGAAUCAACGGAUUACUUGUGGCUGCCAACGAUCCCUUUGAACUUGUGGCUGCCAACGAUCCCUUUGAACUUGUGGCUGCCAACGAUCCCUUCAUCACCACCGAUCCCAUGACCUACAUGUUCAAGUACGACACAGUCCAUGGUCCAUGGAAGCACCAUGAGCUCAAGGUCAAGGACUCCAAGACCCUUCUCUUCGGUGAGAAGCCCGUCACCGUUUUCGGGAUCAGGAACCCAGAGGAGAUCCCAUGGGGCGAGUGCGGUGCUGACUUCGUUGUUGAGUCUACCGGUGUUUUCACUGACAAGGAGAAAGCCGCUGCCCACAUCAAGGGAGGUGCAAAGAAGGUUAUCAUCUCUGCCCCCAGCAAGGAUGCUCCCAUGUUCGUUGUUGGUGUGAACGAGAAGGAAUACAAGCCAGACAUCCACAUUCUUUCCAAUGCUAGUUGCACCACCAACUGCCUUGCUCCCCUUGCCAAGGUUAUCAAUGACAGGUUCGGAAUUGUUGAGGGUCUCAUGACCACAGUGCAUUCCAUCACUGCCACCCAGAAGACUGUUGAUGGUCCAUCACAGAAGGACUGGAGAGGUGGACGUGCUGCUUCCUUCAACAUCAUUCCUAGCAGCACUGGAGCUGCCAAGGCCGUCGGAAAGGUGCUCCCAGCACUUAACGGAAAGUUGACCGGAAUGGCUUUCCGUGUGCCCACUGUUGAUGUUUCAGUUGUUGACCUUACUGUCAGGCUUGCGAAGCCUGCAAGCUAUGACCAGAUCAAGGCUGCUAUCAAAGAGGAGUCUGAGGGCAAGCUGAAGGGUAUCUUGGGAUACACCGAAGAUGAUGUUGUGUCCACUGACUUCAUUGGUGACAGCAGGUCAAGCAUCUUUGACGCCAAGGCUGGAAUUGCAUUGAACGAUACCUUUGUCAAGCUCGUCUCAUGGUAUGACAAUGAGUGGGGUUACAGUACCCGUGUGGUUGACUUGAUCGUGCACGUAGCAUCCACCCUCUAAAUCCAUAAUCCUUGAGGAUCCAAGGCCUUUAUUUUCCAAGUGUUGAGUGUCUCUAGGCUUUUCAAGUGUUAUGGUUUGGAGUUCAGAAUAAGAAGUGUUAUCUUGUUUCCUCUCGUAGUUUUCUAUUUUUUAUGCUUUAGACAUUCAGUUUUAUGGGUUCGUCCUCUCCUCCCCUUUUUGCUGAUUAAAACGCAAAUAUGGCAUUUUGUACUCUAGUUUUUGCAAGUUUGAAUAUAAAGGCAAAAUUGAGGGGGUUGUCGUAUGGAAUGUGUUUCUCUUAUUC